CCGCCGGCCGGACCGGCACCGGCCGGAGGCAACUUGCCGGAGGAGCCCGGCAAGGCGCCCUCUUUACCAAAGCCACCUCUGUACACUACUCGUGGUCGUGGUGCCGUGCCACUGGCCACUGCCACGGCCCCCGGUCGUUCGUAAAGCCAGCCACUACGGGCUGCCGCCUCCCUUUAAAGCGCCGAGCCGUGGCGGUCUCGGCCGGCCCUUUCCCAAAGCCGAUCGAGCACACCGCCCACCCGGCCGCCCCCACCCGGUAAUCACUAGCUGCCGGGCCAGCUGCCCCCCAGCACCACGGUCCGGCCAUGGCCACCGUGCCGGAAGCGCGAGAGCUGCUGCUGCGCGUCCUCCUCGCUGCCGCCGCGUUCGCCUGCGCGGCGGCGGCGGCGGCGGGGAGUGGCAGCAAGGUGCCGGCGAUCUACGUGUUCGGCGACUCGACGGCGGACGUGGGCAACAACAACUACCUGCCGGGCAGCGCCGUGCCGCGGGCCAACUUCCCGCACAACGGCGUCGACUUCCCGACGUCGCGGCCCACCGGCAGGUUCAGCAAUGGCUACAACGGCGUCGACUUCUUGGCUAUGAACAUGGGCUUCAAGCGCAGCCCCCCGCCGUUCCUCGCCGUGGCCAACAGAAGCAACAACCAGGUCUUCAGAGGUCUCCUGGGAGUGAACUUCGCCUCUGCGGGAUCGGGCGUUCUUGACACGACAGGGAGCUCCAUCAUCCCGCUGAGCCAGCAGGUGGAGCAGUUCGCCACCGUGCAGCGCAACAUCUCGGCGCGCAUCAGCCAGGGCGCGGCCGGCGCCGUGCUGUCGCGGUCGCUGUUCCUCGUCAGCACCGGCGGCAACGACCUCUUCGCCUUCUUCGCGCGGAACAGCACGCCGUCGGACGCCGACAAGCGGCGGUUCAUCGGCAACCUCGUCUCGCUCUACCAGAACCACGUCAAGGCCCUGUAUGUGCUCGGCGCGCGCAAGUUCGCGGUGAUCGACGUGCCCCCGAUCGGGUGCUGCCCGUACCCGAGGAGCCUGCACCCGCUCGGCGCCUGCAUCGACGUCCUCAACGAGCUGGCGCGCGGGUUCAACAAGGGCCUCAGGGACGCCAUGCGCGCCGUCAGCUCGAGCUUCCAGGGGCUCAAGUACUCCGUCGGGAGCUCCCACGCCGUCGUGCAGAGCAUCAUGAAGCACCCGCAGAGGCUCGGGUUCAAGGACACCACGAACGCGUGCUGCGGGUCGGGGCGGUUCAACGGCAAGUCCGGGUGCACGCCCAACGCGACGCUGUGCGGCAACCGGUACGAGUACCUGUUCUGGGACCUGCUGCACCCGACGCACGCCGCCUCCAAGGUCGCCGCCGCGGCCAUCUACAACGGCUCGCUCCACUUCGCCGCGCCGGUGAACUUCAGGCAGCUGGUGGAGCACCAGUGCUAGGCUACUAGACAGGCGGCGGGGGCACCAGGCCCCCGUGUGGCCCUGUAACUUGUACCAGUGUGUGCUGUAGAAUUACCCGUGUUGGUGAGAUUGGUGUGUAGGAUACGCGUGGCUUGUGUUCACUCUGUUUCUCGUGGUUUAUUAGAUGGCGAUGGCGCUUGUGUGGUCUGGACUCUAAGAUAGCACGUCACCUCUCGUGUGUCAAAAAAAAAAAGCAUUUCACCUCU